GUUUCUUUUGUAGUAAUGUUUUCUGGAGAUUGUAGGUCUUAUUUUCCCUUCUUUCUCCAGCAGCUUAUUUUUGAUGUUUUUUCUUUCUUUCUUUUUUACUGGUUUAUUGUCUCUGAGCUUUAGUGUGCAUGUGUUUUGUGAAAAAGAUGCGACUGAGCUCCACUCUGAUCACUGCUGAACAGGGAGAGAGCGCUUAAUGUUUACUGAUUGGUUCUUGGGUGUAUUUGUCCACCCAUUAUGCUGAGAGGCAAGAAGCUGGGGAGGGUGUGUCAACAGGCUCCAAUUGCUUUGACUGUAAACAAAGGAUUUUUUUCUCACCUCUUCCUGGCACUGUCUAAUAUGGGCAAAUGGUUACCAGGCGAUCCCUGACUGAAAAUAUAAAGAAUUCAGAAAAAAAAGGUUAAAUAUUUGCAUUGAUUGGUUACUCUGCAUUUGAGUAAACUGCCAGGCCUUUGUACUGACAGCCCAAGAGGCAUGUGACAUUUGAGUGUUUAUUGACCUGAGCUUGAGCUGCUUGUCUGAAGGAUUAUGGUGAAAUAUUGAGCCGUAUAUAAAGCCCAUUGCCAGGGCAACUUACAAGCAAUGAAUGGAGCUGAUUAAUUCUUUGUUACUGUGGCAGGAAGUAGGUCUGACCAUUAGGAAAGAGCCCAACUUGAUGAAUGAUUAAUGAGUGCUUUUAUCGAUUGGCUGAAUCCCUAAUUCCUGUAAAAACCCCUUUCAAAAGAAAACAUAUUUUAGGGGCUUUUUCUUGUCCAGAUGUAUUAUACAAUACAUUUCUGGGAGUUUUGUGCAAUUUUAUCUUAAACUGGGAAUAUCCUUUCUAAAUAUAGAGUAAGUCAAUACCCAGUAGUUAAAGUGUCAAAGAAAAAAACAAACCUUGGCCGUCCAGUUAAGGUAAAAAGGCUUAAAAUGACUCAGUAAAUUUAGAAACAUGCUUGUCUCUGGGUUUAGGAUAAUUCUUGAGAAUGGUUCACUCCAAUUAUAGAUAAUCUCGCUCCAGUGGGUUAUGUGCAUUGAUUUGUCAUAUAGUCACUGCGUCUUACUGCUUUUUUCCUAUCGGUGCUAAAGUACUUUUAGGGAGAACUCUGCUUUUUUCUUGUGUACAAAAGUUCCGCAAUGUCCAAUUUCAGGAAGUGGAGGAGGGUAGAAAAGGCUGGCUCUGAUAUAAUUGGAGCAAACAGUCGAGUGCACCGAUUGUCCUAGCCCUUAUUACAUCAGAGAGUCAAAGUUUAAAGGCUAUUGUUUGUCUUCAUUGGUAUUUGAUGGCUUGGUUAACUAUCUUGAGCAGAGCUUUGUGAUUGCUCAGCCUUCAUUAUACUGAGUGGACAAAUUUCAGUCAGUGUUUUCAGCCUCAGCAGACAGACUGAACGAAACUGAAGAGAACUAACAGCCCCUGCUCAUCCCUGUGUAAUAAGCUUGUUUAAUAGAAUUGUAAGUAUGGUUAUAAUGAUACUUUAACAUGAUAUUAAAAGAUUUGUAAUGACCUCUGAAAUGCACGCAUAUAGUUGCAUUAGAGUGGAUAUUGCAACAUGUCGAACACACACUUUUUAUAUGUGUGUUUCUUAAAUAUUAUACUUUAAUGUGUACACCAUCUAGUUUCUGCUGUAUUGUUAUUGUUUGUAUGGGAGAGCUUAUGCAUGCAAGUUGGGGUUUGGACAGUGGUGAUUUAUUCCACUGCAUCACUUCAAAGGCACACCACACCGCUUCCCGGUCACGAUUUUAACUUCUUGUUUGUCUCUUAGAAGUGCUUUAUAUUUAGCUGCACAGGCCACAAAGCUAUUGUUGUGCUCUUUAGCUCAUUGUGAAUGCUGCUUUUGCUCUCAUUCUGCAGGGGUGUAUAGCUGGUUAGCUGUCAACCAUGGAUACCAGCACGUCCCUAAAGAUGACCUCUCUGGCUGUCCAGAGUCUGUUCAGCUAUGUGGACGAGGAGAACCUGGCUGCCAUCAAAGCGCAUUUGGACAUGUUCACGGAUGUGGACAGCAGGAGUGAUAAUGGACAGACUCCCCUCAUGGUGGCAGCAGAGCAGGGCAGUCUGGAAAUAGUGCAGGAGCUCAUUAAGAGAGGAGCCAACGUUAACUUGGACGAUAUUGACUGCUGGACGGCGCUGAUCUCGGCAGCUAAGGAGGGACACAUCGAGGUGGUGAGGGACUUGCUGGAGAACAAUGCUAACCUUGAGCACAGAGACAUGGGAGGCUGGACUGCUCUCAUGUGGGCAGCCUAUAAAGGUCGUACAGAUGUGGCCCAGCUGCUUUUGGAAAAAGGAUCCAACCCUAACAUCACUGGACAGUACAGCGUCUACCCCAUUAUCUGGGCGGCAGGUCGAGGCCACGCAGAGAUUGUCCGUCUCCUGCUGGAGCACGGAGCCAAGGUCAAUUGCUCAGACAAGUAUGGCACCACUCCUUUGAUCUGGGCAGCCCGGAAGGGCCACUAUGACUGUGUGAUGCACCUCUUGGCCAAUGGAGCUGAUGUAGACCAGGAAGGAGCAAACUCAAUGACGGCUCUAAUCGUAGCCGUGAAAGGCGGCUACACAGAGGUCGUCAAAGAGCUGCUGAAGAGGAACCCAAACGUUAACAAGACAGACAAAGACCACAACACAGCCCUUACCAUCGCUGCCAAGGAGGGACACACAGAAAUUGUGCAGGACCUGCUUGACGCCGGAACCUACGUCAAUGUUCCAGACAGGAGUGGGGAAACAAUGCUGAUAGGAGCAGUUAGAGGAGGUCAUGUGGAGAUAGUGCGAGCUCUGUUGAACAAAUAUGCUGAUAUUGACGCCAGGGGCCAGGAUGGAAAGACUGCCCUCUACUGGGCAGUGGAGAAAGGUAAUGCUACCAUGGUGAGAGACAUUCUGCAGUGCAACCCUGACACCGAGAGCGCCACCAAGGAGGGAGAGACGCCGCUUAUCAAAGCAACGAAAAUGAGGAGCAUAGAGAUCGUGGAACUGCUACUGGAUAAAGGAGCCAAGGUGUCUGCAGUGGACAAGAAAGGAGACACGCCUCUCCACAUCGCCAUUCGAGGGCGUAGCCGAAAGUUGGCCGAGCUGCUGCUGAGGAACCCGAAAGAUGGCCGCCUGUUGUACCGUCCCAACAAAGCUGGAGAAACACCGUACAACAUCGAUUGCACCCACCAGAAAAGCAUCCUGACGCAGAUAUUUGGAGCGAAGCACCUGUCCCCCACUGAGUCUGAUGGAGACAUGUUGGGUUAUGACCUGUAUAGCAGCGCUUUAGCAGACAUCCUUAGUGAGCCCACGAUGCAGCCGCCUAUCUGCGUUGGCCUGUAUGCUCAGUGGGGCAGUGGCAAGUCUUUCCUUCUUAAGAAACUGGAGGAUGAGAUGAAGACAUUUGCAGGCCAGCAGAUAGAGCCAUUGUUCCAGUUCUCAUGGCUGGUAGUCUUCCUCACCCUGCUGCUCUGCGGCUCAGUGGCCGUCGUUCUGGGCUUUACUGUUAAUCCCAAACUGGCGAUCGCGGUCUCGCUCAGCCUCCUCGCCCUGCUCUACAUCUUUUUCGUAUUGGUGUACUUCGGAAGCCGGCGUGAGAGGGAAAGCUGGAACUGGGCAUGGGUCAUCAGCACCCGGCUCGCUCGUCAUGUCGGUUACCUGGAGCUGCUGCUCAAACUGAUGUUUGUCAACCCUCGUGAACUCCCUGAGCAGACCACCCGCGCCCUUCCUGUCAGGUUCUUGUUUACUGAUUAUAAUCGCCUGUCUAGUGUUGGAGGAGAGACGUCAAUGGCUGAAAUGAUUGCAACGCUGUCAGAUGCCUGCGAGAGGGAGUUUGGCUUCUUAGCCACCCGGCUGUUUAGGGUUUUCAAGAGUGAUGAGAUCCAAGGUCAAAAAUGGAAGAAAACAUGUUGUGUUCCCUCAUUUGUACUCUUUGCAUUGACGCUAGGGUGCUUGAUCACUGGUGUGGCACUGUUGUCUAUUUUUAAGGUGGACCCUACGAAUCUGACAGUAAAUGCAGUGCUGAUUGCGAUGGCUAGCAUGGUUGGCCUGGCCCUGCUGCUCAACUGUAAGACCUGGUGGCAGGUGGCUGACUCUGUCCUCAACUCCCAGAGGAACCGCCUGCACAGUGCUGCCAACAACUUGCAUAGACUCAAGAGUGAAGGGUUUAUGAAGGUUCUGAAACAUGAAGUGGAGCUGAUGUCAAAAAUGGCCAAAACUAUCGAUGGCUUUACCCAGAACCAGACACGCAUGGCGGUUAUCAUUGAUGGGCUAGAUGCUUGCGAGCAGGACAAAGUGCUGCAGAUGCUGGACACGGUAAGGGUCCUCUUUUCUAAAGGCCCUUUUAUCUCCAUUUUUGCCAGUGACCCCCAUAUUAUCAUCAAAGCUAUCAACCAAAACCUCAACAGUGUGCUAAGAGACUCAAACAUCAAUGGACACGACUACAUGAGAAACAUUGUCCACUUGCCCGUGUUCCUCAACAGCAGAGGAUUUAACACAGCUAAAAAGAUGAGCAUGGCAGCACCCACCAACGGGGAGCCACUGUCUGGUGAAGGAUGGCAUGAAGACACGGACAAGAAGAUGUCUCAAAGCAGCCUGGCUCAAGACCAGGCCAAACUUGGCAGCAAGAACGCCUUAAACCGCAGGGACACAUACCGACGGCGUCAGAUGCAGAGGACCCUCACCAGACAGAUGUCCUUCGACCUGACCAAGCUGCUGGUGACCGAGGACUGGUUCUGUGACAUCAGCCCACAGACCAUGAGGAGGCUGCUCAACAUUGUUUCUAUUACAGGUCGUCUGUUACGCGCCAAUCACAUCAUCUUCAACUGGGAUCGACUGGCGUCAUGGAUAAACCUGACAGAAGAGUGGCCUUACAGGACAUCAUGGAUCAUCCUGUACUUGGAAGAGGCUGAUGGGAUGUCUGAUCAGGUUACUCUCAAGACCAUCUAUGAGAGAAUCUCCAAGAACAUCCCGACCACAAAGGACGUGGAGCCUCUGCUGGAGAUCGACGGAGACAUCCGCAGCUUUGAAGUGUUCCUCUCCUCCAGGACGCCUGUUCUUACUGCCAGAGAUGUGGAGAUGUUUCUGCCCUGCACUGUUAACUUGGACCCCAAAUUGCGGGAGAUCAUAGCAGAUGUGCGUGCGGCCAGGGAGCAGAUGCACAUCGGAGGAGUGACCUAUCCCACACUGCCCCUCCAAGAGGCAGCGGCCCGUCCCCAGUCAGUUUACACCCAACACUCUGCCGCCUGCUCCCCAGCAGGCUCCUUCACCGGAUCCCUGCCUCCUCAGCCACACAGUGCCUACUUCAGUGGAAUGACUGGCCCUCAGCACCCUUUCUACAACCGGCCUUAUUUCCCCCAUCACGUGUAUCACCUGCCACGGCAUUUCUCCCACCAUGUCCCCUCAUCCUCGCGUCCUUCCAUUAAACCACCCGGUCAACCGCAAGACACCAGUGGACUUGACAUUAUUGCAGAGGAUGCCAGCGAAGCCUUCCACACAAGCCCCAUUGACCCCACAAUGGGCUCUCCCGCCAUCUUGCUCAGCUCUUUGAACACAGACGCAGUGUGCGAGCGUCUCAGGCAGCUAGAAGGAAUCGACCCCACCAUGCUGCCUCAGUACACCUCCACCAUUAAGAAGGCCAAUAUAAAUGGUCGGGUGCUCACGCAUUGCAACCUAGAUGAGCUGAAGAAAGAGAUGGAGAUGAACUUUGGUGAUUGGCAGCUCUUCAGAGGAAUGGUCAUAGAACAGCGGCAUGCUGAAAGCCAGGCAGCACUUCAGGAUGAGUCCCGAGCUGCUAGCGAGCAGGGCAGCAGCGUGCACCUCGGGGAGCCCAGCAGACGCUCAGGGGGAGCCCAGCGCGAAACAGCCGCCUUCAGCCUCAACCUCAGCUUUGAGGAACUCAGCGGCGUGGGUCUGGAGGAGCCUGUGAGACGCAGCAACAACUCACACUGGCCGGUGGCAAAUCACCGCACUUCAAGCAUGUCUAGCCUGAAUUCCCAGGAAUCCUCUAAUGACAUCUGCAAGCUGACAGACAAGCAGCAGGCUGAGUAUCAUGAUGCCUACAGGGAGUACAUCGCUCAGAUGGCCCAGCUGGAGAUGUCCGGCAGUGGGGGAGAGAGGCCUGUUCAGCCCCACCCUGGACAAUUCCUUCAGGCUGCCAGCUCAGAGGACAAAGGGGCCAAGGAAGGAUCUGAUCAAGACAGCCGCAAGUCUUUCACCAAGAGAAGCUCCAAGAAUUCUGAUGCCACAGACUUUGCCUCAGGGACCGAUGGAUUAGACCCCAUCAGUGAAGAGGAUGAAAAGCUGGAUCACAGCUCGUCCUCCAGGACUCCAGGCUCCAAGAAGAAAGGAGCUGGGUCAUAUUACCACAAGCUGCCCAAUGAUGAAGACUCGGGCCCAGAAGACUCUGACAACACCACACCUCUCCUCCAUAAAGAGGCAAAAUUUGGUGCUCUGUCUUCCCACAGCUCCAAGCCAACUGGGCUGCUUGCCAAGCCUGGCUUCCUCACCGAAAUCCUCAUCGAUAAGAAGGACUCGUCCGAUUCGGGGAUGCGCUCCAGUGAAAGCUCCUCAGACCCAUCCCUGGAAGAGGCUGAAGGAGAGACUGGCAGACAGAGAGAUGCACUGAAGCCCAGUCUGAUUGAACUGGAGCUGGAGGGCUUGGUGAAGAAGAGAGGCCCCCUACCCAGCAGCCUGAGCGGCCUGCAGGAUGCCACAUUGGCCCGCAUGUCCAUCUGCUCCGAAGCUCCAUCUGAGGCCAGCCUUAUGGCCAGCAGCCCAGAUGAGGGGUGGCCAUCCAGCGGGGUCAGCAACCUCAACCACAGCGCCAGCAACACCACCCUUAAUAACAACACAAGCAGCCCCAGCGACACCAACACUAACACCAACAACAGCCAUCAGCAGCAGGCUACCAUCACAGGCACAGAGUCCGCCUGCUCCAACAUCAUCUCCCCAGAUGUCAUCAUCAUCCCCGGCAGCAGCACUGCCAACACCACGGCAGCCACCAUCCACCACAACCAGAACCUGCGAACCAUCAGCCUUGGCGACGAGAGGGAGAGCGUCCUCUAAGAAGCCACGUGUUUGUUACACUAAGAAGGGUCAUGCGGAGUGUGGUUCUUGAUGUUUGUAUUGUGUUGCGAUGAACUAGCGUAGAUGAGUGUUGUGUUGUUAAGGACAAAGUCAAAGAAGAGUUGUAAGGUCUAAUAAAGCAGCCACCUUGAUUUUUGAAAAGGAUAAAUCUGAUAGUUGAUGGUUAAAUACCAAAAAAUGUUUGUAAGGUCUGUUUGUUUGUCCCGUGUGUUUUUGUCGUUAGUUUGGAUUUGCUGUGUGUAGCGACGGUAAUGUUACAGUAAAAAAUAAAACAAAAUAAAGUGUUGCUUAUAGAACAGUAGCCAUGACUGUGAAGAGAAAACAAGUCUAGUGUUUCUGAGGCAUUCGGCCUUCAAAGCAUGUUGUGAGGUUGCUAGAAUAUUUCAGGUAGAACAAAGUGUAGACACUUGUGCUGUUUUCUGUGUGAUAGAAAUGCAUGAACUAGACUGCAAAGCGUCACAUGUAAGUGUGUUUUGUGAAUCAAUAAACAUCCUCAGUAUGUGGACUCUUGAAA